AUGAAUUUGUGCUCCACUCCCCAAGUGACCACGGCUGAUGAAAUCUCCCCAGGACUGUCUGGCAUGGCAGUUGUAGAAAAGCGGAGUAACAGGGAGCACCAAGAAAAGCACUGUGUCUCUCUCCCAGAGGGACAGGUCUUAGUUAACACUCACCAUGUGAAGCCUGACUCUUCAUUUGGCGGCAUUUGGGCUAUGAACUCCCUCUCGGAGAGCAGUGACACUGGAAUUCUUUAUCUGAACCCUCAAACACCAAAGUGGUCCUUGGUGGAGAAGUUUGCAGAGCUUUCACGGGGAGAGGAAUCAUUUAAAGAUGCUCCAGACCACCAAACUCGAGGAUUGUUACAACGCACUAAACAAAUAGAGAAAAAUGCGAUUUAUGGAUCUAAUGAAACGCUCCUGGAUCCUGUCCAAAAGAAGGAAAGUUCUAAAUACCUCAGGAGUCAUAGGAUAAGUAGUGCUGCUGAGGAACAAAAUACAUCUAAACUCAAAGAGCUAAAUGUUGUUGGAAAUGAGAUUAACAAGAAGAAUGUAAAUAAGAAAUUACUGAAAAAAUGUGACGGAGACAAGAUCCCUCGACUUUUGGUGGCGAUGAAGAAACGUGGUGAGGUUGACAAAGAGCACCGUCCCUUCAAGUGCCCACACUGUGACUGGGCUUUUAAAAAGCUCUGCAACCUACAGAGUCACCUGCAAACUCACAGUGGCCUCAAGCCACACGUGUGCGAUAUAUGUGGCAAGGCUUACUCCCACCAGGGCACUCUGCAGCAGCACAAGCGUCUGCACACGGGGGAAAGACCAUACCACUGCCCCUUCUGUGUCAAGACCUACAUCUGGUCCUCAGAUUACCGCAAGCAUAUCCGCACACACACAGGUGAAAAGCCCUACGUCUGUGACACUUGUGGGAAGGAUUUCAUUCGAUCCUCUGACCUGAGAAAGCACGAGCGGAACAUGCAUACCAAUGACAAGCCUUUCCCCUGCACGCACUGUGGCAAGACCUUCAAUAAACCCCUCUCCCUGAAGCGCCAUGAGCGCAAGCACCUGGGAGAAAGGCCCUUCUCCUGCCCCGACUGUGGGAAGGCCUUCGCUCUGGCCAGCCGUAUGGCAGAGCACCAGAAGAUCCACGCGGGCGUUCGUCCUUACAUCUGCUCCGUGUGCUCCAAGUGCUUCACCAAGUCUUCCAACCUGAACGAGCACGAGGCCAUUCACAGCGGAGCGCGGCCCCACAAGUGCCCAGAGUGCGGCGUGGCGUUUGCCAUGGCUUCUCGCCUCGUCCGUCACCAGUACGUCCACAGCAAAGAGGAACCCCACAACUGCACAGGCUGUAGCAAGAACUUUAGCCACCUAGCUUCACUGAAGCUUCACCAGGAGCAAACCUGUGCCGGAAGGAUCUUUGUCUGUGUGGAGUGCGACAAGUCUUUCCAGUGUGCAGCAAAGCUCUCACAGCAUGUGCUGCACCACAGGGAGCAGAAUAUCUGAAUGAGUUUAAAGACAGGUUUUGGACACCUCCACCAGUGCUAUUGACUCUCACCGAGCACCCAUUCUUAUGUCAGGGGGCUUUUUUGGAUUGUUUUAAGUGAGGUUAAAUGAGGUACUAGUCAGUGUUUUACAUAAAGUAGAUGACGGUUGGCAUGCCCCGAGUUCCAGCACAGGAGUUAAGCAAUGUAUUGGACCGGGGGGCCUUAAGAGUUUUUACUCACACGCCCUCUUUCCCCACGGUGCUGGGUUACCAUGAAAUGAACCUAGCAAUUUCUCACGAACAUUGACACUGGAGCUGAUGGCCUAGAGUGAUGUGAACAUAAGUACUAGAGUUCCAGACUUUAUAAAAGUGAGAAUUAAAUGUAAGGCUAAUAUUUACAAAUAUGCACAAAACCGCAACUUUGCGUUUAGGAAAUGCGGGCGGUUUAUCAUGACCUGUGCUGUAGUAUGAUGCCUUGGUCUUUCUGAAUCUGGUGGCCAAGGUGGUGAAUCUAUAACAGUAAGAAUGGUUCUGAGCAUUGAAUUACUGAAUAUCAAUCAAAGAGGGAUUCACAAGAUUUACAUCACUAACUAAAGUAUCAUUGACAUUAGCCAGAUUAGAUGACAGCUUUGAUCACCUGUAUUGUUGAUGGUAGCCGGUACAUUAUGUUGUCCCGACAACUGGAGGGACAGCUUGAUGUUCUCAGGCCACCACGAAUAAAAAAACAACAGCUAAAUCAACUUCUUCUGCAUCAAGAUGCAGGCUGUUUUAUUGUCUGGUAAGGGCUGAAUGCUGAAACAAGCAGAAAUAUCUGAAUAAAGGGCUAUGGCAUGGAUAUAGACCAGUCGUAACUCCUGGCCCACUUACACUUGACUCCAAAGACUAAUAGUAAAAGGAGACGGCACCUGCUGUGUUGUCAUUUGCUUUGCAUUAAGUUUGAGGACACGUCUGGAAUCACAACAGGAUUGCAGUGAUGUUUUUAUUAAAUAUGUGACAGGCAGAAGUGCACUGAUAAACAGGUCAAUAAUCCAUGGCCUGUACAAAAGCAUUGACAUAUUCAGUAAUACAUAAAACACAGAGCCAAAGGACUCGGAAGUAAAAAAAUCAAUUACAUCCAGACAUGUUUACAUGGUGCCAAUAAUAAAAAGUUUGUUCUAAAAUAUUCCAAAGCAUAUAUUACUUUUUGAUUUAUAAACAUUUUAAGGACACAAGCUUUGUCUUCUGAAAAACGUUAAAAACGGCUAAAAAUAAAGCUUGUUCUGAUAGGAAAUAUGAGCGUGUAAACAGCUCAAUCCUAUAAUUGUCUCCUGGCUGGUGACAAUUAUAGGAUUGAGCUGUUUACACGCCCCCUCCUCCUAACAACAUAUGGUAUCAUCCAUCUUGGCAGCAUGACAACUCUAUUUUUGUUCUGUACUGUAUAUGUCAUAUAUAAUUCAAGCUAUUCUGCUUUACCGAUCCUUAACAUGAUCUAAUAAUGUUCAUACAUACAUGUGCAAUAAUUGAGCAGCCUUACAAAUUCUGCUUAGUCAGCGUGUAAGAUUAAACAUUGCUUCUAUGAGGCUAAUGAAUGACCACGGCAUUAUUUUAGUUUUUUAGUCAGAGCUAUAUUUUAAUGUAUUUUUAGUCAAGGGGUAAUUUUGUUUAAGGUUAUAGACAAUCGAUAGUAAAAAAUAAAGGAGUGGUGGAAUGUAGAUUUACUCAAAUACUCUACUUCAAUACUAA